GACAUCAAUACACAGUAGCAAAAAAAAUCCUCCCUGUUCUCUCAAGCCUCCCACCUUUGAGGUCCCAGUUUAUCCAUCUAUCUCCAAAUUCUUCAACUAGCAAAUGGAAGCUCUCCCAUUCCAAACCCUACUUCAGCUCCCAUCGGCUCCCAGAAAAACACUAAGUUAUGUUGAGAAAGAUCAAUCUAAGAACAAUGUGGCUAAGAACUUGCAUGAACAAGUUCACUCAUCAACGGCGAAAAGAUUACCAAGAAGGCUGUUUUUGCAGUACAUUGGAUUCUGCCCAGUUCUAUUCUCAAAUCCUGUUUUUGCUGCGCCAAUGCCAGAGAUGAAGGAGCCUGAAAUCAUUCGGACCGUAAAGCUUCCCAGCGGCGUGAGGAUUCAAGAGAUUGUUGAAGGCCAAGGACCAGUAGCCCGUGAGGGAGAUUUGGUUGAAAUUAACUACGUUUGCAGGCGCACAAACGGAUAUUUUGUUCAUAGCACUGUUGAUCAAUUCAGUGGAGAAAGCGCACCGGUUAUACUUCCUUUGGAUGAAAAACAGAUUAUUGAAGGCUUGAAGGAGGUUCUGGUUGGCAUGAAAACUGGAGGAAAGAGGAGAGCUCUGAUACCUCCUUACGUGGGAUACACAAACGAGAACUUAAAACCAAUCCCGGAAGAGUUUGGCCCUCGGCGUAGCCUCUUGUCGCAUGUAAACGAGCCUCUGAUAUUCGAGGUGCAGCUCUUGAAAGUACUAUGAGUUUUUUCACCAGAAGGAUUUAGUUAUUGGGACGCACAUUUGAUCCCGAAAAUGCACUGAACACACAUCAUUUUUCAUGAUCUUACCAGAUUAAUGCAGAUAAUGUACUUUCAUUGUGCACAUUCUUGUAUUUAUGAACUGAUUCUAGAUGGAUUACUGCAAUAUUUUCAUAUGCUGCUAGAGAUUCUCCGUCGCCCUUCGCUCAUGUUAGCUGUUGAUGUAUGUUGGAUUCGCAGUGAGACUCACAUGUAUCAACGAACGUUGAGUACGAAAGCAAUGAUGCUAAGCAACCUUAACAAAAGGGUUGUACAUGAAAAACCAGAUUUUGGGCUUUAA